AUGGAUUUGUCCUGGUGUCCAGUUUGCGACAGACAAGUCUUUGCCAUGGACUCGUUAUACUGCAGCGAGAAAUGUCAACGCCAAGAUGCUAUAUCCCUGCCUAACCCUUCAAGUCUAUCAAAUUACACUUUUUCGAGACGUCAAAGCCCGAAAAGUUCUCCAUACGCCUCGCCCAUUGGAUCUCCACUUUCAUCACCAAUGUUGUACUUUACACGAAGAUUUGAUUACUUUGACACAUCCGAUGACUUAUCGGCUUCACCUGAAGAUUUACUGCUGUCAAAUCAGUAUGAUCGAGGAACACAUGAUACCUUGAGAGCGAGAGGACUAGAUGAGGGAAUAAACGACGACGGAAUGUGUCUAACAGUAGUUCACAUGAGUACUGUUGUUACCGCCGCCACAACGACAGUCACCACAAUAACAGUAGAGACACGAGAAGUACAACCGGCUCCAGUGCUUAAGAAGAAAAGGUCACUGAUUGAAAGUGCCUGGCGCAUGCUCUUCAAUUAG